AUGGCAGCAAUGCAGGAAUCUCAAGUGAAAUUUGAUGACUGCAAGGGGAAUAAUAAAUUGACCUUUGAAGUUUCUAACCCAGAUUUUAAGGUGGAACACGAUGGAACUUUAGUUGCACUAAGGAAUAUGUCAGAAGCUGGGAGAACCUUGUUUGUCCAUGCACAGUCUGAGCAUGCUGAGGAUUUGGCAGAAAUUUUGAUUGUUGAAGAAAAGGAAAAACACAGUGCAUUAAAGGAAAUUCUUAAGAUAGAAAACAACCUUGGAUUUCUAAGACAAAAACGGGCUAUUUUGUCAUCUCCGGUAUUAGUUCCUGAAAACCAAAGAGGACCGUUCCCCAGAUAUAUUGGCAAGGUCGUCAGUAGAUCAGUGGGAGAGGGAGUAAGGUUUCGGCUCUCUGGUAAGGGAGCAGAUGAAGACCCAAAAGGAAUUUUUAAAAUCAAUGAGAACACUGGGGAUAUCUCCGUGACCCAAGUCCUUGAUAGAGAAGCAGCUGCCAGUUAUGAGGUGAGUAUUCACAGCAGUGGUAUAUCUGCCUUUUUGUUGAUAACACGUGUUUGUGGAAUGUGUAUCUGCUUUUCAAGGGGCUGCAGUUAUUGAAGACUAAAUUGCGGA